GUCGAGCAGGAUGUGUUCAUUGGCAAAGAAAAAAUGACAAUACACAAACCCCAGCCCAUCCUUGAUUACAACCACAAAAUGGGUGGGGUUGACACUGUGGAUCAGAUGACCAGGUAUUAUAUGUGUAGACAUCGAACAAACAGGUGGAACAUCAGGGCUUUAUAUGAUAUGAUUGAUAUAGCUGCCUUAAACGCGGAUAAAACGUACUCAAAUUACCACCCUUGCAAACGAGUGGAUUUUUUGAACAAUCUUUCUGGUGCUUUAAUGAAAAUGAAAUGA